CUGGCUCACUUGACCCUGGUUUGGAGGCUAGUCAGUCGGCUUGUUCAGCGCUGACUAGUGUAGCCUGUCAACAACACUGCAACCUGAGACGGGAUAGCCUUAAACCAGCUAAGUUAGCUAUUCUGUUAGCCCUCGUACUAACCAACUGUCACGACUCGUAAUUGUUCCUCUAAAUGGGAAAGAUGUGUAGUGUUUGAAGUUGUUUCGACAAAGGAAGAAGCAAAACUGACUUUCUCGUUUGGCUUCUUCAACUCCUUCCCCCUGUGUGAUAUGAAAUCGCUGCUCGGUUACAAGAGAAACCAGAACUCCACAGCAGACGGCGGACAUCUGGUCAGGUGCUGUUGAAGAGGCUGGCUGCUAAGGUAGAAGUUCCAACUGGGGAGGUAGGGAGAUCAGUAGUGGGACGACGGCGGCUUCACCUGAGCCCACUGACUGACUCCAACAAUAUGAGCCUCAUCGAGUUCCCUUCCAUUAACCAGUCCCAUAUCAUCUCUCCAGAACCUAACAAACCAAUCCCAGGCCCCAAGCCACGGCUCACUCCCAAACCUUUUGCUGUGGAAAGAAACCCCACUAUUAAGCCCAUAGUUGCUCCUAAGCCCCAAACCAAGCCUCGACCAGAGUCCACUCGCCUUGCUGGAUAUAAACCAGAGCAUUCGUUCAGUCCAACAUCACAGGAACCAGUUGCCACAAGCAAACCCAGCCCAGUGUCAAUUAACCCCAACCGACCAUGCCCUACCAUUUUUAAAACACCUGGUAAGUUGAACACCGGACAAACAACCAAGCCAGUAGUCCAGCCGUUUAAACCAGCCCCUCCUCUUGAACCUGGAGACCCUAGCAAACCCGUUCCCCCCAUAACAGCAGUGAGGAAGAAACCUGGCUCAUCAAACUUGGCCUAUUCCAAGAGCCUUAAACAACUUCCAGCAGCAGAUGGGUCUGGAAUCACUAAAACCAAAGAUGAAACAAAGCGGAUGACAUCCAGCAGAGGUGGGACCUCCAUUACCAGAGCCAAGUCCAUGGGGUUUCUCGAUCAGGUAGGCCAGGAGGAAGAAGAAAAGGAAAAAGCUAACCCUGCGGCUGCAGUAACAAUGCGGCCGCAGCCCAGAGGCUCCAGGCCCAGACCUGUGUCAGCCAUUUUCGACGACAGUCCAGCCAAGACGGACCCACCAGUACCUGCCCCUCGCUCUGCAAGGCGGCCGCUUUCAGCUGAUCUCACGGCCAAGUUUGAGUCAAUCGGUCUGUCGCUGCAUCGUAAAUCUCCCAAUGCAAAUACUAAGGAGAACACUACAGGGGAGAAGGCACUGCCGCAGAAGAGAGAGCAGGAUAAAACCCCAAAGAGUCCCACACCACAAAGUACUGAUAGUAUAGCUCAGCUCGCUGUCUCAGACCAAAGCAACAGACAGACAGAGGAAAAGACUGUGAAAGAAACUGAUGAGGAGAAGCGGGCAGUUAGCAUCAAGUCACGAAUCAGUCUCCUUCUGGAUUCAUCCUCCCCUCCUGGGUCAGGUGUCACAGGCCAGGGGUCAGAGGAUCUGCCAUCUCCAGCGCAGCCAGUCCCGGAAACCGAACCACAAGUGGGCGUCAAACAGCUCAUCAAGCAGCUGAUAGAGGAAACAACACCAACUCAGAGCCCUGUUUUGAAACUGCCGCUGAAGCCCCGCCCCUUGCCCCUUGACCUGACUAAAAGGUUUUCAUCCGAGAGGUUGCCAGACCUUGGCAGUGUUUCCCUCAGUGAGGCAACAGACCACCAUGAGAUCAGCAAAGAUCCUCAAAGGAGGAUUGAAGAGUCAGCUAUCACCCCCAGUGACCAGAGGACAUUUGUGGAUUUGAAAGACUCCCAAGAGCAGCUCAAAAAGGCUUCGUCGCCUGAAGGACCAGAAGCGGGACAAGCGUUUGGCAACGUCUUCAAGCAAAGUAGUCCCAGUAGUGACUUGCAGACAGUGAGAGCCUCUUUGUUUGAAAAUGUCGUGGAGAAGCACAGCGUGCUUAUGGUGGAGGACGGCAAGCCUGCAAACACAGCUAAUGAUUUACUCAGAAGCCAGUCAUUUAAAAGAGGAAAACUUGAGGAUGAUGGAGCUCUGGUCACUGCCACCUACAAAGAGUCUGUAUCGCCUUCAUUUUCUCUGCAGGUGUUCCAUGCCUUUGACACUGUGCAGGGUGUGGAAGAGAACAGGGCAGUGAGUGAGGACAUCCCAUCAGCGCAGUGGGAGGAUAAGGCCAUGACGCUACGCUCCAGGCGCUCAGAAGGGUGCAGGCCGGAGGCAGAGAAGACAGGCUCAGCAUCAUGUGAACCAGCUUUGGCUGCAAUGCCACCACAGCAACCUCGAUAUCUGAGAGUCGGAGCUUUGCCCAAGUGGAACACUGCAAGUCUCAAGCAAGAGGAAAGUGUGGAGAAAGAGAUGCUAAAGGGAUCCCAAAGGGAAGGACAAGUGGCUUUGGAUCAAGACAAAGACAGGCAGAGAGAGGCAGAACAGGAGGAAGUGGCUGCAGCUCCUAAACGUUUGAAAAUGCUGCAGACAGAAGAGCAGCAGAAACCCAGGGCCACCUACUUCGCUCUGACUGGACAAAUGCAGGAGCCAGUUUCUCCGUUCGAUGCAGGAGGAAACCUAGGGGACAUGGCUGGGCCCUUUGGUGAUUUCCCUGUGACGUCUGCAGCGGUCAGCUCUCAAGGGAAAGUUAUUUCAAUGAGGAGGAAUCCGUCAUUAGAUAAAGCUUUCGGGAAAAACUCUCAAGAUCAAGUUGAGGAGUGGAUGAUGAGGAGCCACAUGUCACACAGGGAGAUCAUGUCAGCGUUGGACGGACAGACAACAGAGGAAUUGAUGGAAGUUGAAAAGAAAAGAGAACUUCAAAAGGAGACAGAAAGACACAUGGCAAGAAUGAAAGAACUUGAGAGGGAAAAACAACGGCAGCUGGAAAUUGAGAAAGAAGCACAUUUAGAGUUUGUACGAAUGAAGGAGAGGGAGAAGCAAAGAGAAUUCGAACGGCAAAGACAGAGAGCCUUCGAGAAGGAGAAACAGGACUUUGAGGAGAAACAACGUGCGCUGGAAAGGCAGAAACAGUUGGAGCUCGAACAGAAACAGCAACUACAAGAAUUGGAGAGAGCAAGGCUUAGAGAACUAGAAAAAGAGAGGCAACGACAACUCGAGAAAGAAAAACGCAGAGAGUUGGAGAGGCAGAGAAGAGAGAGGCUGCAAGAGCAGGAAAAGGAGAGACAGCGGGAACAGGAGAGGCAAAGACAAAGGGAGGAAGAGAGGCAGAGAGAGCUGGACAAGGAACGACAGCUGCUGGAAAUCCAGAAGGAGAAACGGAAAAUGGAGGAGCUGGAGAGACUUAAAGAGCUGGAGACACUGCAGCUUUUAGAGUUUCAAAACCAGAAGCAGAAAGACAAGGAGAAGCAGCAGCUCCUGGAGCUUGAGAAGCAGAGACUUAAAGAGAAGAAGGAGAGAGAGGAGGCAGAAAAACUCAAACAGAUGGCAUUAGAACAGGAAAUGCUAAGAAUGAAAGAGCUUGAUAAAGAAAGGGAAAGACAAAGGGAGAUGGAGAAGGAGCACCAGAAAGAGAUUGAGAGGGAAAAGCAGAGAGAACUGGAGAGACAGAGACAACUAGACACUGAGAGACAAGAGUUAGAAAACCAAAGGCUGAGACAACGAGAACUGGAGAAGGACAGGCAGAGGAAGGAGGAGAUGGAGAGAAUGAAAGAGAUGGAGAGAAGACAUAUCUUGGAGUUGGAGAAGCAAAAGCAGGCAGAGAGGGACAGACUGCAAAUGUUGGAGCUUGAGAAACGCAGACUAAGGGAGAGGAUGGAAAGGGAGGAUGCAGAUAAAAUGAGACAGAUAGCCAAACAGCAAGAAGCAGAGCGGCAGCGACUAAAAGAGAGAGAGGAACAGGAGAGGAUGAGGUUGGAGUCCUCAUCCCUCAGGCCUAAAGUGUUGGAUCUGGACUCUGUGCUCAGAAAGGAGCCGUUAUCCAGGGCUACCUCCCAGCGCAGUGACCCAGCAACUCGAUGGAAGGAACCGUCGAGAGCAGAAGAGUUGUACAAACCCUCCAUCCUCGACAUAGACUCCUUCACAUCUCAAGCUCAGCUCUCCCCCAGUAAAGACUUGCUUCCUGUGUCUAGUAUUUUGGGUGUAGACAGUGGGUUUGGAGCUAGAUCACAGCCUACACCUGAUGUAGAUGUUAACUGGAAGGUGCCAAUACAGGCCUCAGUAGGUUUCACAAGCCCAGUGUGGACAACGUCUCCUCAGGACCCGUGGGAGCUGCGACUUGUUGAGAUGUCUGUGGACAAACCUGUGGUUGAACCCAGAAAAAAAAGCAGCAAACUCACCCCAGAGCAGCUCCUCCUCAGGCAUGAAGUCCGGCUCCUUGCUCCACAGAGGCACAUGGCCCCUCUAACCGGCACAGAAGCCAAAAGUGGAGGCUCUCCAGGUGGGGUCUCCAGCAGCACUCCUGCAGAGCAGAUAUGGCUACCCAGAGAGCCACAGCCCCAGGACAACAGGGGAGAGGUCCGGAGCCCCAGGAGAUCACAGGGAGCUCAGGAGUUGAGCAGGAUGCGCUCUCGCAGUGUGUCCCGGCGAUCCGCUCCUUUGAGCAGUGCGGUGGAGGGAAGCCUUUCCAGGAUAAGGAGUCGAAGCGCCCACAGAGAGCAGAACCAAAACAGCUGGGAGCAGCAAAAACAAAGUGUUGGUGGUGAAGAGGAGGAGAAGGACUCGGGAACACCGGUCCGGGACACCGAUAGUCAGUAUGGGACCUGGGAGACAGGACUGCGCACAGAUGACAGCCUCACUCCUGCCACUCCCACUUCCGAAAGCAAUCUCAGCCCUUCACCAAGAAAGCCCACGCCCCCACACACGCCAGGUGAUCACUCCUCACAGUUUGAUACUGACGUUCUGGACAGUCUCCCUCCCUCGUCACCGUUUGAGAGCCAGCAACUCCCUUUCCCCGAGACUCCAACCACUCUGUUAGACACCAGCGCUCUUCGCUCCAGGGCCCAUCUGGUGAAGAAACGAGCCCCGCGCACACGGCCGUCCAGGGCUGCUCGUCAGACCGCGGCGCUGUCCGAGGGAGAGGGAGGAACCACGGAGGACUGGCUUUACAGAGACUCCACAGAGGCGAAGGCUGAAAUUAAGGACGAAGACUCUGACUCUGAGGAACGGGUCAGAGGAGCUGACGCCAGCCCAGCUGUUUACUCUCAGCCACAGAGGAUCGCCAUGUUCCCUGGGAUGGACCCUUCAGCUUUAAAGGCCCAGCUGAAGAAGAGGAGCGACUCAGACAAUCACAUCAAUGGGCCUACUCCUCCUUCCCAGCUUUCUCGCUCUCCCAAGUCCCCCUUUCUUCCCAGGGCAGCGCGUGUACUGCCUCCACCUGGCGGGAAAGAGAACGGUGAGGAGGACUCACCCCAGUGGUUAAAAGAGCUCAAGUCCAAGAAGCGCUUGAGUCAGUAUGAAAAUGACAGCUAGGAAAUGAAUGAGGUUGCCUUAACAGAAGAAUCUAUACGAAACAGAAGCCUUAACGUUCGACCCAGAGAGUAGGAGAGGUGAAUCUACAGCUGCUGAUGUUUUUUUAUUUUUAUUUCUUAAUUUUGUUUGUUCUCUUCCCACCCGGGUUGAUUAAUGUGCAUGGUGCCUUUUUAUGGAGGGUCUCCGUCUUAUGGGAAAAAAAGAAA